UAACUACUUGUAAAACAUGGAAAAGAUCACAAAAGGAAGACGUAUGAGUGAAGAUUUCCUGGAUGAUGAAAAACUACUCCAGGCUACAGAAGUCCAAUCUCUUGGUAACUUCAUCAAGAGGUUCACUAUCAACCCAAAACACAAAAGGAAGAACAGCAUGGAGUCUGGGAUGUAUAUUUCCAAAGAAGCAGUGGAUAAGAGAAACAAGAAAUUGGCUCCAAAGGUUCCUGAAUCCAAAGAGAAGUGUAAACUUGUUCUCCCAGACGGCACUGAAGUUGAACUUAGCAUUCUUGAGGGUACUCUUGGUCCUAAAAUGAUCGAUGUCAGAGACCUGUACGCUAAAACAGGCAUGUUCACCUUUGACCCUGGGUACACUGCAUCCGGAAGUUGUGUUUCCGCAAUCACCUACAUCGACGGAGGAAAAGGACAGCUCUUAUAUAGAGGUUAUAAGAUAGAAGACUUAGCAGCUAAUUGUACCUUCAUCGAAUCAUGCUUCCUUCUUUUAUACGGAGAACUUCCCACAGCAGCUGAACUAUCAGACUUUGAAGAAAGAGUCAAGGAUGAGAUGCUUGUUCACGAAAAGCUUAAAGAUUUCUUCAAGGGAUUCAACCCAAAAGCACACCCAAUGGCCAUUAUGUGCAGUGUAAUUGGAGCACUUUCAUCAUUCUAUCAUGAAGACCUUGACAUUGAAGAUCCAAAACAGAGGGAAAGAGUAGCUAUCCAGCUUAUUGCUAAGUUCCCAACACUUGCUGCCUUCUCAUUCAGGACAUCUAUGGGACUUCCAAUGGUAUAUCCAAGGAGAGACCUUUCCUACAUUGAGAACUUCUUACACAUGAUGUUCUCAGAUCCAAUGGACACUGAAGCAGUGAUAGAGCCAGUCAUGACCGAAGCCUUGGACAAGAUCCUCCUUCUUCACGCAGAUCACGAGCAGAAUGCUUCAACAUCGACUGUGAGAAUCGCAGGAUCUUCGAAAGCGAAUCCAUUCGCUUGUAUUUCAGCAGGAAUUGCAUCACUUUGGGGCCCAGCUCAUGGUGGUGCCAAUCAAGCUUGUAUCGAGAUGCUACAAGAAAUUGGAGAAACUGAAAACAUUCCCAAAUACAUCGAAAAAGCAAAGGACAAAAAUGACCCAUUUAGAAUCAUGGGUUUUGGCCACAGAGUCUACAAAAACUUCGACCCAAGAGCCACAGUAAUGGCGAAGAUGUGCAAGAAAGUAGUCGAGACCAUGGACACUAGGAACCAAGAGAUGCUCUCCAUUGCUCUUGAGUUAGAAAAGAUUGCUCUUGAAGAUGAGUACUUCAUCAAGAGAAAGCUCUAUCCUAAUGUUGACUUCUACUCGGGAAUCGUCCUCCAAGAACUAAGCAUUCCUACAAACAUGUUCACUGUAAUCUUCGCCCUUGCUAGAACAAUCGGAUGGGUUUGCCAAUGGAAAGAGAUGAUGAGUGAGGAUGUCCUAAAGAUCGGCAGACCAAGGCAGCUCUAUGUCGGAGAGACAUGCAGAGAGUUCGUAUCCAUCCAUGACAGAUAA